AUGCGGUUCGUCUCUUACUCCAUCGCCGCUGCUACAGCGCUUUUUACGUUUGUCUCUGCGAUACCAGUACAGAGCGAGAAGCGCCAAUCUGGCUAUGCUGGCUACCUUAUCUCUACCUUCUCAGACGCGAAUCCUAAGGUGCAAUGGUACUUGUCGAAUGGGAACUCGCCAACAAACUUCACCAAACUGAACAAAGGCAAUCCUGUCCUUACCUCGACGGUCGGUACGAAAGCUGUUCGGGAUGCCUUUCUGGCGUCGAACGGCGCUCGCACGCAAUACUACAUGAUUGCUACAGAUCUCGAUAUCAACGCCUCUGGUUUCUCUUGGGACAAAGCCACCCGGACCGGUAGCCGUGGCAUCGUGGUCUGGAAGUCGAGCGAUCUGGCUAACUGGUCUUCGGCUAGCCUGAAGACGGUCGAAGGUGCCACAGCUGGCAUGGCGUGGGCUCCCUCUGCAGUCUGGGACGACGCGACGCAACAGUUCUACGUGUUCUGGGCGUCGCGCCUGUACGCUUCUUCUGAUACCACACAUACUGGCACCGCAGGCCUUGAUCGCAUUAGGUACGCCACCACCAAGGACUUCAACACAUUCAGCGCACCUAAGGACUACAUUGCCCCUGCCAAUACCCCAGUCAUAGACCAAGAGUUUCAGUAUCUCGGUCAAAAAGGUCACUUCACGCGGUUCAUUAAGAACGAGACUACACUGCAGGUCUAUCAGGAGAACACUACUGGCGGUCUGUUUGGUAUGUGGACAAGGGUACCUGGAUACGUUACAUCUGGCAGCCCGUGGGAGGGCACGGCCUCAUUCGCCGACAACACUGUUGCUGGCAAGUACCAUAUUCUGCUCGAUAACUACGUCCAAUAUGUACCGUUCGAGACGACGAACAUCGACGGUGGGAAGUGGACCGCGUCCAGUACCUCAGGGUUCCCCACCGGUUUGAAGCAUGGAUCCGUCACUCAGCUCACGCAGAAGGAAUACGACGCAGUCAAGACAAAAUAUCCAGCUUGA